UGCUCACAGAACUGCUAAGGACAAUCUCAGGAAGCUUCUUGUUAAGCUCUUUAGAAGAGACAUGGCACAAACUGGAGUGAUGAUUUUUUUACUCGUAAGCAUCUUGCUGCUGGACCAGACUAUCGGCCAGGCUUCCAGACUCAAAACCAGGAAACACAGCAAGCGCAGAGUGAAAGAAAAAGAUGACCUAAAGACUCAGAUUGACAAAUUGUGGCGAGAAGUAAAUGCUCUGAAAGAAAUGCAAGCACUUCAGACAGUCUGUCUUCGUGGGACAAAGGCCCAUAAGAAGUGCUACCUUGUAUCAGAAAGCACCAAACAUUUCCAUGAAGCCAAUGAAGACUGCAUAGCCAGAGGAGGGACGCUGGCUAUCCCACGGAACAGCGAGGAAACAAACACUCUGCGAGAUUAUGGCAAGAAAAGCAUGCCCAGAGUGGCUGAGUUUUGGGUGGGCAUCAAUGACCUGAUAAAUGAAGGGAAAUUUGUAGAUGUCAACGGCAUGGCUCUAGAGUACUCCAAUUGGGAUCGUGCCCAACCAAAUGGGGGCAAGCGGGAAAACUGUGUCUUUCUUUCCCAGUCUUCACAAGGCAAGUGGGUGGAUGAAGUCUGCCGCACUGCCAAAAGGUACAUCUGUGAGUUUCUGAUCCCAUAGUUGCAACUACAAAUAAGCAUGGCCAUGUUUUAAGUUAUUAUCAUGCAGUUUAGACAGUGGCGAGUUCAAAAUACCCACCUCCUGCAUUGUACUCACCCUUUCCUGAAGCAGAGGUUUUCCUCUAUUAAUUUAUUUUCUAUCCAGAUGCUGCAAAUGUUAGCUUUAGUGAGUGCUCUCAUUAUGUACAGGAAUAUAUAUUAUGUUUUCACUUGCACUGCACCAUAUCUUGGCAUAUUAUUUCAGCCUGAUGUUCAGAUUGCUGGGAUUCACAUCCUGUACUUUGCAUCUCCAUGGUAGACAUUAUUUACUUGAACUUAGAAUUCUAGUGAAGCAACUGAAAGCUCACAAGAUUCCUGUAUGGUGACAGGUGCCAGCACAAGGUGUAGGGAUCCUUCCAGUUUCAGUGCCUAAGAGGGACUCUGGGAGUAUGUGAGCUCCUGUGGGAAAUGGCUAUCACCCUUGCAGCAUCUAACAAGAUUGAUCUGCGAUCAAGAGUUUACAGGUUAAGAAAGCCAAAGGAAAGAGAAACAUCUGAUGUUAAUUUUUAAACUACACAGAGUUAAAAAUGACACACUACAGGAAAAAGGGGGAAGUAGAGGUUCUAAAAUAUCACUCAGACUAAGCAUAUUUGUUUCUAAAUGUUUUAAUUAUGGUUAAAUAUUAGAUGUCAUUUGGAAUGUUACCACAGGAGAAACCAACCUGAGACUAGAUCACACCUCUACAAGGCAAGGCCUUGGAUGUGCAAAAGCCUUUUCUCCUGCAGGAUCAGAAAGAGGCUUCCUAAUUCAGACAGUAACACUGUCUGAAAGCACAGGUAGAAAGGAAAGAUCCCUCUUCUGAGCACAUCACUGCUCACUCCCCUCUCCACAUGGCAGGCAGCAUGCCUGACUGGCACAAGAGAGCAGGAACAAAGCAGGGCUCAUCUGGCCACAUGCAAAUUUUCACAAGUUAACACCUGACAUUUGGAAAGGAAGUAAAGAGCACUGCUUCUCUUUUUGCUGUUCUUAACUCACAAUAAAGAUCUGCCUUCAUGUCACAAAUAGCAGUUUCUCCCUUGUGUAAGGCAAUUUCACUUAAAUAUUGAAAUAUAUUGCUGCUUGGAGGCUAAAUCCUGCUUCUCUUUCAGUUGUGC